CUAUAUUUACCGGCUCUGUAACUUGAUCUGUGGCAUUCUGGAUCGCUGGGCUCAUACUAUCCUCUCACACUCUGGGGCCACAGCCUCCCAAGUAGCACCCCAUUGCUUUCUGUCUAUUGGCCUGGCCGCUCAGAACAACAAGGGAGUGAUCAGUGUCACAACGCCUGUGUGUGUGUGUACACUGUGGGGUAACAACACUAGAAUGAGCCGCCCCCGAGCCAUCACAGUCUGCAGGGACUGACACACACCGCUACAAAUACGGCAGUCGAUGCAGUCUUCCAGAGGCUCUCCCUCCCUGUGGCUGAGAAACCAGCAGCAGCAGCAUCAGCAGCAGCAGCAGCAUGUCCCGCGUCUCCUCAACCGCCAAGCGCUACGCUGGCCCCUCCUACACCAGCCACUACAGCUCCUACAGCUCCUCCCUGACCCCGGGCCUUAGCUCCUACAGCGACCGGGACAGGCUGUCCUCCUACAAGUCCCCCACGUCCUCCUCCUCCACCUCUUCCUCAGGUUACUCCUCGUCCAGCUAUUUGAGCAGCUCUGCCGCCCGCAGCCGCAACUACAGCACCUCCUCAGACCCCGACCGCGACCGGGGCCGAACCAUCCCACGCACCGACAUCCUAGGAAGCAGCAGCAGCAGCAGCAGCCGCCGGAGCGAGAGCCUCAGCAGGACCCCCGUCAAGAGCUAUGGAGGGUCGGGGCUGAGUGGGGGGUCAGCCUACACUGGCUACAGUUCCUACUCUUCGUCCUCGGCGCAGUCUAGCUACCUCUCCUCUUCAUCGGUGGCCUCCAGCAUCUCGCUCAACCGACGAAAAUCUGUAUCCCAGAGUGACUUGAGCAGGGACCUGGCCUCUCUGGGCCUCAAUGACACCUCCUCCUCCUCUUCCUCCACCCCGUCUUCUUCCACCAGUGCCCUGCGGAGCUACCGCAGUCGGGCCAGCGAUGUGGCCAACUCGUACGGCACUAGCUCCCGCCCGGGAUACUCAGGCCUGUCGCGGAGCUCUACUCAGGAGGCCCUCUCGCGGAGCUCCACCCAGGAGGCCUUCAGCAGCAGCAGCAGCAGCAGCGGCAGCAGAGCAUACAGCUCUUCGACAUGGGAGCCAAGCAGUAACAGGCUGUCCGACUCCCCCACCAGGGACUCCACGAAUUCAAAGAGUGCCCAAGGCCUUGUGGGACUAAAGAACCUAGGAAAUACUUGUUUCAUGAACAGUAUUCUGCAGUGUCUCAGCAACACACACAGCCUGCGAGACUACUGCCUGCACAACUCGCACCGCAGAGACCUUAACAACAACAGCCGCACCAACACAGCCCUCAUGGAAGAAUUUGCCAAGCUCAUACAGACCAUGUGGACGUCGUCCAGCAGUGAGGCGGUUAGCCCAUCUGAAUUCAAAACUCAGAUCCAGAGAUAUGCUCCCAGAUUCGUGGGAUACAACCAACAGGAUGCUCAGGAGUUCCUGCGUUUCCUCCUGGACGGCCUGCACAACGAGGUCAACAGGGUCACCGUCAGGCCGAGAGGCACUGUAGAGGACUUUGACCACCUCCCGGAUGAAGAGAAAGGGAAGAAGAUGUGGAGUAAAUAUUUAGAGAGAGAAGACAGUAAGAUAGUUGACUUGUUCGUAGGGCAGCUGAAGAGCUCUCUGACCUGUAGCCACUGCGGGUUCUGCUCCACUGUCUUCGACCCUUUUUGGGAUCUCUCUCUACCUAUCGCCAAGAAGGGCUACGGUGAGGUGAGUCUGAUGGACUGCAUGCGGCUCUUCACCAAAGAAGACGUCCUCGACGGGGAUGAGAAGCCAACGUGCUACAGGUGUAAAGCCAGGAGGAGAUGCACUAAGAAGUUCACAAUACAGAAGUUCCCCAAGAUCUUAGUGCUGCACCUGAAACGCUUCUCUGAGGCACGAAGAACCAGCAAACUGUCCACCUUUGUUAACUUCCCCAUGAAGGAUCUUGACCUGAGGGAGUUCGCCUCCGAAAACAGCAUAAACGCAGUGUACAACCUGUAUGCAGUGUCCAACCACUCAGGCACCACUAUGGGCGGUCACUACACAGCCUACUGUCGCAACCCCAACUCGGGAGAAUGGUACACAUUUAAUGACUCCAGAGUAACGCCAAUGUCCUCCAGCCAAGUGCGCAGCAGCGACGCCUACGUCUUGUUCUACGAGCUGGCUUCCUCCUCACGGAUGUAAAGCCUCCUGGAGGACGGCGGACAACAGCACCACUCUGACUGACAGUCAGAUGGAUGGAAAAAUAAGAGUGUUGGUGGAGCCAGGCCUAUUUUGGACUUGUAUUUGGACAUAUAUCACACACACACACACACACACACAAAGGCGCACACCCCCACCAGCCUUGAGGCAGCUCUCUCCGCAGAGAGAGCUGGAGAGGGGAACACUCUGGAAACCACAGGAAUCUGAUCAACCAGCCCUGCUUUCUCUCCCUCUCUGUCUUUACUCUCGUGUCUUGCUCACUCUGGGUGGAGGUGUGUGUUUGUUUGUGUGUGUGUUUGUGUGUGUGUGUGAGUGUACAAGGCUGACAGGGCAAUAAUCCCAUCCGACCGUCCGACCAGUGAAACCGUCUCCAUCUCAGAAGUCCCUCUCUAUGCACUGCAAACCGAACUGUCAUCCUGACCGCGCCUUCACUUCUUUAUUUCUUCGACUGUCGAUCUUCUCGUUUGCCUCAAACCAUUAAAACUGACUUGUUGCAAUUUUUUCUGCUUUGAAUUCAUGUUGUUUUUAUGCUGUUUUUUUUUUCUGUUUGUUUUGUUUAGUUUUUUUGUCGGGGCGGGGGCUUAUUACCCCAGCACCGCAAGCAUCAUCAUCACCACCACCACUUUGGACUGUGGAUAGAUUGUGCUUAGUGUGUGACUGUAACAGGACUGGUCAUGGUUACAAGGAGCUUACAGCCCACCGGCCUGCUUCGCAGCUUGCCCUCCCACUGCACCACAACACUCCCAUGUCUCUGUCACUCUACUCUCUCUUUGUCUGAACAGUGGUUGGGAGGCCGGUGGCACUGUGAGCGCUACAUGUUUCAGAGGACGACCCUCUAACAUGUGUUUUAUUGACAUUUGUUUCCCCACGUGUGGCUGCUACUGAUGUUUUCAAAGUGCUGUGAAUGGAUGAAUGGACGAUGUGCUAAGGAUUAAUAAUAUAGACGAUAAUAAUGGUAACAAUCCUCAUCGUCAGCAUGAGGUCUUUUCUUCCUCUCUUGUUUCAUGCCAUUGAACAACACGGAAAGAAUGUUUUAAAGAAGAAACUAUAACACACUAUAUCUGUAUAUUUUUAUAUCCUGAUGCAAUAUAGAGAAUGUACUAUUCAAUGGUGCUGAAAAUGACCCAUAACUGUUUUCAGUUGGUUUAUUUCCCAGGUUUCAAGAGAGAAAAAAAAGUUAUUAUUUAUGCUUACAGGUGAAAAUGUGAUGAGUCACACUUUUUAACAGUGGCAGUCAAACACAUGAGUAUAUAAAUAUAUAUAUAUGAAUAAAAGUUAACAAAACGGUGGUUUUA